UUUGGAUAUAAAUAAGCAUCAUUAUAAUUCUUUUAUAAACAAUCCAAAUUAAAAUUUUAACAAUAAAUUUUAAGCUUUUAAAUCAUGACUCAAUUUUCAACGCUUGGCAAUGAUUACUCACUUAGCAAUGUAGAAAUUGAAAAUGGCAAUAAUUUUGGCGGAAGUAUUGAAUUUCGGGAAGGUGUUCCAAUUCAGCUAUUAAAAUAUAACGAAAGAUCCAGAAAUGGAAAUUUUGGUCAAAUUGUUCUUAACCAAGAAGCAUUAAACGUUCUUCGAACUAUUAAUGAGCCUCUUGCUAUCAUUUCUGUCGUUGGUUCUUUUCGCCGCGGCAAAUCUUGGUUCGCGAAUGUAUUGCAUGGACGCCAUGACGGUUUUGAACUAGGAGCAAAAGUAGAAGGAUGUACACGUGGAAUAUACAUGUGGUCUCCCCCAUUCAAAUUAGAGAGUAAACAAUCAGAUGGUGAAAUAAUUCAGAAACGAGUUAUUGUCCUGGAUAGUGAAGGAAUUGAUGAUCCAAAACAGGAUGAAAAUUGGGCAACGAAAUUAUUUAUUUUAUGUUUAGUUGUUUCUUCAACGUUUAUUUAUAAUAUAAAUGGAAUUGUUGAAAGUCCCGAGAGCUUAAAAGAAUAUUUUUUGGAAAAAUUAAAUAACGUCGAUCCCAAAGCUGCUAAGGGAAUUAAGAAAUUCUUUUAUGGCUUUGAUGUUUUCGGGUUGCCGCAUCCAGGAUGCAAAAAAACAAUGGUACAACAUAUGGAAAAUGCCAUUACUGACAACCUUGAUGAAGAAUUUGUUGAAGAAGUAGAGAAUGCCGUAAAAUCAAUUUACUCUCAACUUCCUCUUAAAUACAUUGGUUCCUCCACUAUGAAAGGAAUGGCAUUUGUAAAAUUCCUACAAGACACCGUUGAACGUAUGAACAGUUCAGAAACAUCAACAUUACUUUCAAUUCCUUCUGAAUAUGAAUCGAUUAUACAAUAUGUCUCACGUGAAGCUACAAAUGAAGCUUUAGAAAUCUAUAAAAAAAGAAUGAGUCAAUUGAUAAGUGAAGAAAAAUUACCAAUGAUUUGGGAAGAAUUUGAAGAAAAAAGUGAAGAAUGUGCUUCGGAAACCAGGAAAUUAUUUUCUGGAAAAAUAAUUGGAAGUCCUAUUCAAAUUGAAAAAUUUAUUGAUCAAUUAAGUGGAAAGCUAUCCAAAAUUAAAGAAAAUUUUACGAAAAAAAAUUCUAAAGAAUUAAUGAUUUACAAUGAAAAUAUCGCAAAAAAAUAUUGGGAAAAGUUUGUUAAGAUUGGAUUAACUCUAGAAAAUUUGUUUGAGAAUUAUGCCGAAUUCCAAAAAGCAUUAAAAUCCUUUGAAUUAGCUUACGAAAAAUCGUCGAUGAAAUCUCCAGAGGCGGCUAGAGUAAUUGCUUCAUAUAUGAAAAAUCAAUAUUCGGAAGCAAUUGAUUACAUGACACAACUAGGAAGAAUGAACGCAGAAUUAGCGAAAGCAGUACAUGCUAAAGAAGAAGCUGAAAGAUUGCGAAUAGAAGCAUUGGCACGUGAAGGAGAACUCUGUAGGAAAAUUGAAGCACAGAAACGUGAACGUGAAGAAAGUGGGAAAAAUUUUGGGAAUAAAAUUUUAGAAUUACAAAGAAAUAUCGAGCAACAAAAAAAAUCACAAGAAGAAAUGCAACAUCGUUUAAUUAAGGAAAGAGAGUAUGCAACUAAGAGAUAUAAUCAAAAAUAUGAACAAAUGCGCGAUUCUAUGCUUGAACAACGAAGAUUAAAUGAAAAAGAGAAAAUGGAAUUAAUUAAACAACAAGAAAGAAAAUUCGAACAAAUACAAAGGUCGCUUAUAGAGGAACAUAAUAGAAAGCAUGAGGAAUUAAAAAGGCAAUUAGAUCUUGAAAAAAUGAAAGCUAAUCAAAAUGAAAUUUAUCAAAGGAAACUCCUUAAAAAAAUUGAAGCAAGUAGUAGAGAUAAUCAAGAAUUAUUAGAACAAAUACGAACGCUAACAGACAAUCGCAGCAGGGGUAUUGAUUGGAAGGACAUAGCAAACGUAGCAACCGUGUUAUUGCCUGUCAUGUUUAAGUUCCUUCUUUAAACUUAUUCCCUCUUAAUCUCAAUAGUAUUUAUAUGUAAAGUACAGCUCGAGUACUCUAGUCUCAUCUAAUCCUAAACAGAGGCCAAAUUCCCUUAAGCUAUUUUCACGUGAUUUUUACAUGUCAUUUUGGCCUAAAUC